AUGACCCACGAGUUCCCCGGAGGUCGCGGGUUGGAGUCCAGCCACGUGAUGUUCCCGCGCCACGUGGAGCCAGCUGGAACAGACAGCCCAGGGAUGUUCCCGCGCCACGUAGAGCCAGCUGGAACAGACAGCCCAGGGAUGUUCCCGCGCCACGUGGAGCCAGCUGGAACAGACAGCCCAGGGAUGUUCCCGCGCCACGUGGAGCCAGCUGGAACAGACAGCCCAGGUGACGCUCCAGGGGCAAGUGUCUACAAGCCGAGCAGCAAGGCAAGUCGAGCGAGGAUGUUCCCGCGCCACGUACAGCCAGCUGGAACAGACAGCCCAGGUGACGCUCCAGGGGCAAGUGUCUACAAGCCGAGCGGCAAGGCAAGUCGAGCGAGGAUGUUCCCGCGCCACGUGGAGCCUGCUGGAACAGACAGCCCAGGUGACGCUCCAGGGGCAAGUGUCUACAAGCCGAGCGGCAAGGCAAGUCGAGCGAGGAUGUUCCCGCGCCACGUGGAGCCAGCUGGAACAGACAGCCCAGGUGACGCUCCAGGGGCAAGUGUCUACAAGCCGAGCGGCAAGGCAAGUCGAGCGAUGAUGUUCCCGCGCCACGUGGAGCCAGCUGGAACAGACAGCCCAGGUGACGCUCCAGGGGCAAGUGUCUACAAGCCGAGCAGCAAGGCAAGUCGAGCGAUGAUGUUCCCGCGCCACGUGGAGCCAGCUGGAACAGACAGCCCAGGGAUGUUCCCGCGCCACGUGGAGCCAGCUGGAACAGACAGCCCAGGUGACGCUCCAGGGGCAAGUGUCUACAAGCCGAGCGGCAAGGCAAGUCGAGCGAUGAUGUUCCCGCGCCACGUGGAGCCAGCUGGAACAGACAGCCCAGGUGACGCUCCAGGGGCAAGUGUCUACAAGCCGAGCAGCAAGGCAAGUCGAGCGAUGAUGUUCCCGCGCCACGUGGAGCCAGCUGGAACAGACAGCCCAGGGAUGUUCCCGCGCCACGUAGAGCCUGCUGGAACAGACAGCCCAGGUGACGCUCCAGGGGCAAGUGUCUACAAGCCGAGCAGCAAGGCAAGUCGAGCGAGAAUGUUCCCGCGCCACGUAGAGCCAGCUGGAACAGACAGCCCAGGUGACGCUCCAGGGGCAAGUGUCUACAAGCCGAGCAGCAAGCGACGUCAGCCACCAACAGACGGAGACCUGGAGGCGCCUCUGUGCACCCGGCGUGAAGUGGUGUUCCCGCGCCACGUAGAGCCAGCUGGAACAGACAGCCCAGGUGACGCUCCAGGGGCAAGUGUCUACAAGCCGAGCGGCAAGGCAAGUCGAGCGAGGAUGUUCCCGCGCCACGUAGAGCCAGCUGGAACAGACAGCCCAGGGAUGUUCCCGCGCCACGUAGAGCCUGCUGGAACAGACAGCCCAGGUGACGCUCCAGGGGCAAGUGUCUACAAGCCGAGCAGCAAGGCAAGUCGAGCGAGAAUGUUCCCGCGCCACGUAGAGCCAGCUGGAACAGACAGCCCAGGUGACGCUCCAGGGGCAAGUGUCUACAAGCCGAGCAGCAAGCGACGUCAGCCACCAACAGACGGAGACCUGGAGGCGCCUCUGUGCACCCGGCGUGAAGUGGUGUUCCCGCGCCACGUAGAGCCAGCUGGAACAGACAGCCCAGGUGACGCUCCAGGGGCAAGUGUCUACAAGCCGAGCGGCAAGGCAAGUCGAGCGAGGAUGUUCCCGCGCCACGUAGAGCCAGCUGGAACAGACAGCCCAGGUGACGCUCCAGGGGCAAGUGUCUACAAGCCGAGCAGCAAGGCAAGUCGAGCGAGGAUGUUCCCGCGCCACGUAGAGCCAGCUGGAACAGACAGCCCAGGUGACGCUCCAGGGGCAAGUGUCUACAAGCCGAGCAGCAAGGCAAGUCGAGCGAUGAUGUUCCCGCGCCACGUAGAGCCAGCUGGAACAGACAGCCCAGGUGACGCUCCAGGGGCAAGUGUCUACAAGCCGAGCAGCAAGGCAAGUCGAGCGAGUGAGCUGUGGUCAGGCCCGCGCAGCUAG